AUGAUCUGCACCAGGACAGAACGCAGCAUACCAGCUUGGAAAUGGUGCAUGUCCAUGGCUCAACAGUGCACCAACUCAAAACCAUUCAUGCCCAUUCACGCCCUAUUCAUCACUCAUGGUCUCCAUCAUAACAAUUAUGCCGUCAGUCAGCUACUCAACUUUUGUGCUUUCAAUAAUUCUGGUGAUCUUUCUUACGCGUCCCUCCUCUUCAGCCAGCUCUCUAGUCCCAAUUCAACAAACACCAGAUUGUUAUACGUUGUUCUAGUUGCUUGCUCUGGUGGAUUGUCACCUUUGGAGUUGGAGGGGAAGAAGGUACACUGUUGGUUGAUGAAAAAUGGGUUGGCCUUUGCAAAUGCCCAUGUACAGACUGCACUUGUUCGGUUUUAUUCAGAAUCAAAAUUGCUUGAUGAUGCUCGCAAGAUGUUUGAUGAUAUUGCACUCACCGCUUGUGCAAAGGUGGGAGCUCUGGAACAAGGGAAAUGGAUACAUAAUUACGUGAGCAAAAUGAAUUUGUUGACUUCUGAUACCUUCCUUGGAACUCAACUUGUUGAAAUGUAUGCUAAGUGUGGUUGCAUAGACAUCGCCGUGGAGCUUUUUGAAGGUAUACCUAAACGAAAUAAUUUCUCGUGGCGGGCAAUGAUUGGAGGUUUUGCGGCACAUGGAUAUGCUAAAAAAGCAAUAGAGUGUUUAGAGAGGAUGCAAAUAGAAGACGGGAUCAAACCUGACAAGGUAGUGAUCCUAGAAGUUUUAGCAGCUUGUACUCAUGCAGGACUAACUAGACAAGGUCAAUUGCUCCUGAACAAUAUGGAAAGUCUUUACGGCAUUUCACCAGAGCAUGGACAUUACAGUUGCGUGGUAGACUUAUUUUGCCGGUCUGGACAGUUUCAUGAAGCACUUGAGGUCAUUAAUUGCAUGCCAAUGACGCCUGGUGCUUCCGUCUGGGGUGCCCUUUUAAAUGGAUGUCGGGUCCAUAACUAUCUCAUUCUUGUGGAGUUUGCUGUUAAAAACCUGUUGGAGAUAGAAGAUGGAAAUGAAGCAGAAACAAAUAGUUGUUUGGUGCAGUUAUCAAAUGUAUACCUUUCUGCUAAAAAAGGCGACGAUGCCCGCAGAGUCAGAAAAAUGAUUGGUGAUCGAGGGCUAAAGAAAUCCCUGGGAUGCAGUUCAAUUAAUAUUGAUGGAAAGGUUAAUGAAUUUGUUGCGUUAAUCCAUCUCGUGAAAUGA